UGCUUAAAAGCCCCACCUUCCUGUGCACCUCUGAUUAACCCUCAGAAAAGUAUCUUUCAGCUAAGUGCAGAUUGCUAGGAUGAUUACCUUUGUUGAUAGCCUCACUCCAGGCACUGCAUCUCGACCUGUCUUUUCACCCAAAGGGAAGCUGGCAGCUCAGGCUGGAGUUCAUCAAGCCUCUUGUUGAGUUGGUUAGCGAAUGAGGUAAAAUUCCCUCCUAACAAGUGUGAAGAUGCUGGCCCUGCGAAGCUCCUUGGACUAGUCUUCUCCGUGGCAUUUACAUGGAGAGAAUUUUGCUGCGUCCCUUCAAAAUGUGACACUCCCAUGAGGUUCAGGCUAGCUGUGUCAUGUCAGACCACACUUCCUGUUCCUUAAAUAAAGCUGCAUCUCUGGUUCUCUUUGUGUCUCCUAUCUACUUCCUUCUCUAGUGCUUUUCAUGUCACCACGUACCCUGAUCGUGGGAGGUUGCCCCACCUUUUGAGAAGCGGGCAGGUGAGAUGCACCUCAAAGUAUCCCAGGGUCAUAAGAAAUGUGACUGGUGGGACAAUUUUGCCUUAAAAGAGAAGCUUUUCCCAGGCAGCAAUCUCAAAUCCUGGAUGUUCUUAGUAGGAGCACAUCUGACAGCAAGUGGUUCCGAGAAACACACAGCCUUGCAAAUGGCCAUACAAAAAUGGUAGUUAUUUUAUCUGUUGAAGCUAACAGCAGCCCCAUGCCAGUCCUAGGGCAGAGUCUGGUUCCAGGGUGCCCCCCUGGUAUGCUGUAACAACCCUAAUUAAGUGUAUGAUAAAAAGGGAAUUUUCAGAAUAUUUUUCUGAUAUAUAUGUCUCACUUUCCACUGUUUGCUGCAUUGUUAUCUAGUGGGUGGGGAAGGACUGGUUGGUCUACACUAGGAACUUGCAUUGCCAUAGCUGCAUUGGUCAGGGGAGUGCAAAAGCCAAACUCCUGAGAGACAUACCUGUACCAACUUAAUCCCCAGCAUAGACAGCACUGGAUUGAUGGAUGAUUUCUUUAUUGACCUAAGACUUGUCUGCAUUUACAGUGCUUCAUCCCUAUACCGUUUUGUGAAGAUGCUACCUAUGCUGAUGGGACAGUGUUUCCCAUCAGCGGGUUCCCUACCCUCUGAAAGGCAGUAGAUAUGUCUACACAGGGAGCUAGAUCAGAGUAACUGUCAUUCAGGGGUGUGGAUUUCACAUGCUCCUGAGGAACACAAGUUAUACUUGCGUAAACUUGUAGUGUAGACCAGGGCCUAGUUGCCGUCUGUCAGGGAGGUGGAUUACCUGUACUGAUGGAAGAAUGCCUCCUAUUGGUAUAGUAUCUCUACUGCACCAGGAUAAUAUUGUAAGUGGAUUUGCCAAAACCUUCAAGAGAAUGUUGAAUGUUGCCUAGCUGUCUGAGCCAGGAUGGCCUAGGCUGACUGUAUCAAUGGAGAAUCUGAGAAGGCAAUGGCAAAUCCAGUCAGUAGGACAGGCACCUAGCAACCAACAAUGCAGAGGCCGAUGAAUUUCCUGACCUCUCAAUAGGGAAGCCAAGCGCAAUCACUCAGUUUAAGAACAAAGGACUGGAACGUGUGAGGUAGGAAGGUGAGAGUUGGCUGCUGAAAGGAAACUGGGCUCCCACCUUGGAGCUGACCAAGUAGUUCAGACUGAGCCUAAGCCUGAAGAAGGAGUUCACUGUGGAUUGGCUGGGAUUCUGUGCUCACCAGAAUGGAUGAUGUUUUAACUUUCAUUUUUCUAUGCUAAUCUGAAGACUUAUGUUCCAGUUGUCUAAUAAAUUUGGCUCUUUUGAAAGUGCUGCCUGAGUGUGUCUGUAAAUACUUGGUGAUGUGCAUUAGUCCCUGAAGAGUGGACAGGUCUCUGCCAGGGGUUUGGCUCAGUUGGACUUAUUGAACAGAGCUCACAAUAUGAAGUAGGAGUGAUGAAGCCUUAGAGGUUCAGUUUGAGGAGGUGGUGAGGCAUUGUGGCCUAAGCAGUGCAGAAAGAGCAAAACACCUGUGGGUCUGGCACAUUGAAGGGGCUUCUCAAAACUUUCCCAAAGCUGGUGGUCUAGCACCUAUCCUGUGGAUCCAGGAUUGUGCAAUUCUGGGGCCCUACAUUAGUAAGUAGUAAGGCUUGUCCCUCUUGGGGUGAGUGCUGAACUGUGGAGUUUGGAAGCAGGGAAGGGAGCUGCUCAGGAAUCUUGAUAGCUCUUUAAAUACUGCAACAGUGUAGCACUGGGAGCUAAAUAUGCUGGAAAAGGAACCCGAGAAAUGCAAAAGCAUCCUUUCCUGAGUUUGGAAAUCGGGUUUCUGGACAGUGACUGUCUCUCAUUUCGUAACCACUGCGAAGAGCAAUGUCCAGCUGAGGGGUUACCCCUGGUAAUGCCACUGCCUCCAAAACCCAGAGGGCUGCUUGUGACAGUUAUCUUCUCUUUCUGAAUGGUGAUAGUGGAACUGUGAAAGCAAUGGCAUGACUACUGUUUGAUCUUACAGUCUCUUAAUGGAUAUGGUUUAGAAGUGUCCAUAUGUGCUGGGGGAAGAGAGUUGGAUUGUCAAUUAGACUUUUGUUUGGCAAGCCAUCCAGGCUUCAGAUUGUCUGUUCAAUUCUUUAUUAUCCACAAGGAGGUAUGUGGCACAAGCCAAGCCAAAUCUUAUUGAUUUUAGUCAGUCAUGAGGGGGCUUUUCUAGAUCACGGUGGAGUAGUAGUGUGAUGUUUGCCACUAUCUUUAUGUACUCCAUUCAUGUAGGCUAUGUGCUUGCAUAAUAUUAGCCAGUAAUAGCAGCCAUGAAGUGGUGUUGAUGGGAGCGUGCUGCCAGCUAUGCAAAAAGUGACAUUAAUUUUGGUGUCCACUAAAAUGGUGUGCGGGCUUCUGCUCCAAACUGGGACACAGUCAUAUUCCACUGUGGAAUGGACAACAACUCAUGUUUCUGUUUGGAGUGUGUCACUUUCCCCAAGAUGUUCUUGAAAGUUUUUGUAUAAUGUUGACCCUGGCCUACAUUUUCCUUUUGGUUUUUGCAAGGUGGUGACAGAAGCUGAGAUUGCAGCAGAAAUGGAUGCUUAAUGUUUUCUUAGCAUGGGUAUUUUUUUCAAAUGAAAAGCUGAGGCCACUGUUUUUGAGGCAUUUGGUUUUAACUGCCAUGCCUUAAAAUAGGUUUCUAGUGUUCUCAGGUCCUGUUCUAGAACCUUCUCUGAGGUUUCAAAUGAGGAAUCCUGAGUAGCCAGUGCAAUGUCAUCUGCAUAUAUGAACUUCAAUACCUUUGUCCUGUCCCUUCUCUGAAGCCCCAUCCUGCUCACUCCAUCUCCUCUCCCUUUGCUGCUCACUCCCCAGUCCUCCCUCACUUGCUCAUUUUUUGCAGGGUUCUCAUUCAGGGCCACGAUGUCUCAUAUCACGGAGAAUUUGAAGACCCUUCAGUCUGAGCAAGCAGCGGAAGAAAGCAAGCAGCCUUUAUUGUGUCUGAGAAGACGCUGCAAGGGGAUGAUGGUGAAUGCGUGUGCCCAUGCUGUUUUCUUCUGCAAGCUCCUCUGUGUUCUCAGGAAGAAAGAGGACAGAGGGAAGGUUUCGCUGAUUUCCUCCAAAGAAUCCAUGGGCAGUGAAAGCCUGAAGGUUGGGAUUAUUGGCGGAGGCCACAUUGGGAAGCAGCUGGUGAGGGCACUACUGGAGCUGAGUGGCGUUUUGGCUCAGAAUAUCCACAUGUCUACCAGGAGGCCAGAGACUCUGUCAGAGUUCCAGCAGCUGGGAGUUGAAUGUUUUUAUGACAACGGCCAACUCGUGGCCUGGGCAGACAUUGUGUUUCUUUGUUGCCUCCCAUCUCAUCUGCAGCACAUCUGCUCAGAAAUUCACAGUUCUCUUCGGGAGCCCUGCAUUGUGUACAGCCUAGUCACUGCUGUUCCGUUGCCCAGGUUGAAGCAACUCCUUUCCUACAAUGCUGUCCUGAGGCCACAGUACCAAUGCAAUAUCAGAGACUUAGAGAAUGUGGGGGGGACAAAUGGGACGAUCAGAGCUGCACUCCAAGACCCUAUUAUUAUACAGGCUACCUGUCCCUGUAACACCAAAGAGAGAAUUGCUGUCACUGGCAAAUGGUUGGAGGCAGUUUUCUAUGCAGCCCUGAACAGUUGUAUGUGGCGGCACCUGCCCCACCAGCAGGCAUUGAAGUUACUGAAUGAUGUAUGUUUCCCCAAGCAAUGCCCCAUCUGUGCAGAAAAGACCUCCUGCCCACGGUUUGUGUGUGGGAACUUUGUCAACCAAACCUUUGUCUCCUCCCUGACUGAAGAAGACACCUUCCCCUGGUUUGACCUGACAACUGUACAAAUGAAGGAGUCUCCCUUCAGUCAGCUCCUAGCAAGCAGUGAGUCUCUUCAGAACCAUCUUACUUUAUUGUACUAUACCUCCUUUGGAGUUCCACUGGAAAAGAGUGGCAGGAUGGUCAGCAGGGGCCACUGGCAGCAGAAUAUCGUCUUUUCUUGCCACAGCAGCUCCCAGGAUGGUGCUGGGUUAUGAGUCAAUCUCCACCCAUGGCUCUUAUUGAUGUGACUUGGACAAAA